AGCCGCCGGCGCCACAGCCGCCGUCAGGGCAUGAGGAUGGCCGUGGGCUCCGUCAAGAUGCAGCCACCGUGCGAGAGCCCGGCCCUGGCCGCGGUGGCGGCCGUGGCGGCGGCGGACGGCGCCCUGCGCCGCAGCCCCAGCGCGCGCGAGCCGGAGCGCGAGCAGCUGCCGGUGCCGCCGCGGCCGCGGCUGCGGGACCUGCCGGCGCUGCUGCGGAGCGGGCUCACCCUGCGGAGGAAGCGCAGCGCCGCUGGGGGCCGGACUCUAUCAAGAAGAAUUUCCAAUCCAUACCUUGAACAUACUCCAUCCCAGAUUUAUGGGGAGAAUUCUUCUUGUGCAGGAAGAGCAUUGCGGAAUAUUAUCAUCGUUCAGGCAGCUGACCUGAUAAAGGACAGAGCGAACCUCAAGGGGUUUUAUAGGAAGAGCUGCGUUGGGUCAGAACUGGUGGACUGGCUUCUAGAACACUGUCCUUUCGUCCAGUGCAGAUCUAUGGCCAUAGGGGUCUGGCAGCUCCUACUGGACAUGGGGAUUCUGUCAUCAGUGGACCAGCAUUUAUACUUUCAGGACACCUAUGUUUUCUACCAGUUUUCGUCUGAUGAGUGUAGCUACUUGUACUGUGAGUUUGAAAGAGAAGAGGAGUGGCAGAACGGCGUCAGACUGUUACUGCAGCUUGUGCCUCUCAUUCCCAGUCGAGCUGGCAUCUGUGAACUAUCUCAUCAGAAAAUUGAAGACUCAGAAGAGAGCAGUGAUGAAAUUCUUGCCCGUCUAACGUCUGCGGUGCAGAGAGAGCUUGCAGCUGUUAUUGCUUUGAAAGCGAGGAAGUCUGCACUUGCACAAGACGAAGAGAACAGUGACAAACAGGUGACCGUGACAGAGGCUGAAGGUGCUGCGGAUCCUCAGGCUGGCAUGAUGUGCAAACUUCAGGAGAGAGAUGAUAUCGGGCGAAUCGAACUGGUCCAGAAGCUGGCAAGAGAAAACUGUCAGUUUUUGCAGACGGACAAAAAAGAACAGGAGAAAUCUGAACACCAGGAUGAUGAAGUGACGACUGUUGAGGUGAAAGAGCAGGACCAGAAUGUCCUGGUGCUGAAGAAAGUGCAGAGCUGCGGCCCAGCCCCCCAGGCGGGGAGCGCCGAGAGCGAUUGGAGAUAUGUGGUCGUGUCCGGGACCCCGGAGAAGAUCUUGGAGCACCUUUUGAAUGACUUGCACCUGGAAGAAGUCCAGGACAAAGAAACAGAGACUCUCCUUGAUGACUUCCUUCUCACGUACACGGUCUUCAUGACAACUGACGACCUGUGCCAGGCGCUGCUGAGGCACUAUUCUGCUAAGAAGUAUCAAGGCAAAGAAGAAAAUUCAGAUGUUCCUUGUCGGAAACGGAAGGUCUUGCAUCUUGUUUCUCAGUGGAUUGCUCUGUACAAAGACUGGUUACAUGAAGAUGAACAUUCAAAAAUGUUUUUAAAGACCAUAUACAGGAGUGUGCUGGACGAUGUCUAUGAAUACCCAGUACUUGAAAAAGAACUGAAAGAAUUUCAGAAGAUACUUGGAAUGCACCGUCGUCACACUGUAGAUGAAUACUCACCACAAAGGAAGAAUAAAGCCCUUUUCCACCAAUUCAGUCUUAAGGAGAACUGGCUCCAGCACAGAGGAACUGUGACAGAAACUGAGGAAAUUUUUUGCCACGUGUACAUAACGGAGCACUCCUACGUCAGUGUGAAGGCCACUGUUUCCAGUACAGCCCAGGAGAUCCUGAGGGUUGUGGCAGAAAAGAUCCAACAUGCGGAAGAGGAUCUGGCUCUGGUGGCCGUCACCUUCUCUGGGGAAAAGCAUGAGCUUCAGCCAAACAACUUGGCCAUCUCAAAAUCCCUUGAUGCCUCUGGUCGGAUAUAUGUCUACCGGAAAGACCUGGCCGACACUUUGAAUCCGUUUGCAGAAAAUGAGGAAUCACAGCAAAGGUCGAUCAGGAUUUUGGGAAUGAACACUUGGGACCUUGCUCUGGAAUUAAUGAAUUUUGAUUGGAGCCUUUUCAAUUCAAUUCACGAGCAAGAGCUGAUCUACUUCACAUUCAGCAGACAGGGAAGCGGGGCGCACACAGUGAACCUGAGCCUGCUGCUCCAGAGAUGCAAUGAGGUCCAGCUCUGGGUGGCCACGGAGAUUCUGCUCUGCAGCCCACUGGGCAAGCGAGUGCAGCUGGUGAAAAAAUUCAUCAAAAUUGCCGCUCACUGCAAAGCCCAGAGAAACCUGAAUUCCUUCUUUGCUAUCGUGAUGGGUCUCAACACUGCUUCUGUGAGCCGGCUGUCUCAGACCUGGGAGAAAAUCCCUGGGAAGUUUAAGAAACUUUUCUCUGAACUUGAAAGUUUAACAGAUCCAUCCCUGAAUCACAAAGCCUACCGAGACGCAUUCAAGAAAAUGAAGCCACCCAAAAUCCCCUUCAUGCCCUUAUUGCUUAAAGAUGUUACAUUUAUUCAUGAGGGAAAUAAAACAUUUCUGGAUAAUCUUGUCAACUUUGAAAAACUGCAUAUGAUCGCCGACACUGUCCGAACCCUGAGACACUGCAGGACUAACCAGUUUGGAGGUGACAUAUCUCCAAAAGAGCACUCAGAGUUAAAGUCCUACGUUCAUCACCUGUACGUCAUUGACAGCCAGCAAGCCCUGUUCGAGCUCUCGCACAGGAUCGAGCCGCGGGUAUGAGCCCCACCGCACACUGCCUCGCCUCCCCCGGAACCGCAGCGCCGGAGCCACAGGGAUGGCAGUGCCAAGCGUGUUAUGUUCCUGCGAGAGAAGUUGCUGAGUUUUAUCAGCGUAUCACAAUGAGACGCACACAGCAAAGCCAGCCAGAGCGUGCUCAGGAAGUGAUGUCAGCCACCUGAGUUGGGGAGAGGCUGCUGUCGAAAGGAGGCAGCAGAAGAGGAGGCAGAAACUUUCUCGAAAUGAGAAGUCUGGCUUUUUAGGAUCACCAUGUUGAGCCAAUCAUUGUUCACUUUGCGACGUGCCAACGUCAAGGCAAGAGGCCGCCCCUUGUGUCAUACGGUGACCAGACAGCUCGGUUAGAGUGCGCAGGAGCCGCGGGGAGCUUCACUUGGCCUGGCAGUAGAUGGCUGUUUAUAGGCUCUCAGAGUAGGAGCUCGUUCGAACACUCAGACAGUGAUGGCAUCUCUAGGUUUCUAUGGAGAUGGACUGGUCUCCAUCGUUGCAAACUAUGACAUCACCAAAAGCUACUUGUGUCUAGGGAGGCAGUGAGCACUGGCCCCUGCCGCCCCUGCUGUAAUCUCCAGAAGAGAAAUGUCGAGGCAUGCAUUUCUUAGCGGCUCAGUCACUUCGUGCUGUAUGCUUGCGGGUAACAUUCGUUUCUGCACAACUUGAUUUACCGCUGUAAGUGAGUUAGACUAAGUUGAUUUGCCAGUAUGGAAAACAUAGUCAUCUUUAAGAAACUGACUCACUGCUUACUUUCUGGGGAUUUUCUCUACGUGUGCAGGCAGGCUCUCAUCUCUCCUCGAGUAGUACGAUUUUUGACAGAAGCACGGUGGCUGCCACGUCGCGGGCACUCUGUAACUGUUUCUGGGGGUGACAGAGUCACAAAAGUCCGGCGUCUUGCAUCUGGCGGUGCCCUCAUGUUCUCACGUUUCAGCCACCUCGUACCUAUACUCUGGAAUGAGAACAACCAGUACAGGGGGGUCUACAUGGGAUUUGAUGUGUGGAGCGCUUAGAGCUCCCUGGAGAAGAAGAAGGGAUAUAAAAUAGUGGCAAUGGCCUGUCUUUCAGCAGAUGAAAAGAGCCCCCAGAGAUCCAAAUUCUGAUUUAUGUUGGACACUUAGAAGUCCUGUAUCCCACCUCCCAACCAAGGCAGGGGGCCUUUCUAUAAUUUGCCUCUUUUUUCAUCUCAAAGUCUCAGAGUCUUUUAGAUCUCUUUUUAUUUCCAGUUUUAGAGAUUGGGGCUCCUACAGUAAAUAAGACCUGUGGCUGUUCUCACAAACUGGUUUGCCUCAACCUUCAAAUGAACAAAAAAACCUGUGGGAAACAAUAUUGAAAUCCAUCCCUGCCAGCCAGAUCCUUGUCGCUUCGCUUAAAUACAAAGUUCCUGCUUCCCACAUUAGGUCCGCUCAUUUCCACACGUGUGACCCUGGCGCCCCUCUUGCCAGCCCCGCCAGCUCCUGUUCUCGAUGCCUGUACGGAAAUGCUUCCUCUCCUAUCAUCAGCAUCUCAUUACUGAGCUGCGUCCAGUGCUUUCCGACACCUUCACAGCAGCGCCGUUCCCUGGGCUUGGCAACCACGCUGACCCGGAGAGAUCGCUUGAAGGAACCACGUGGAGCCAAUUUGGGGACGACUUUGAGAGAGAGUCUGUCCCAUUGUGUCCUUCAGUCCUGCAAAUGAACAGGGCUUGACAGAAAGGCACCGUCCAGGGCUGGUCCACUCAGAGAAAUGCCCCAGGCAGCUGGGAAUGGAAUGAGACUCACUGGAAGAGGUCAGAACCAACAGAACCAGGGAAAAGCAAUUUCUCUCGAGGCCGAUCAAACAGUGGAGAAGUGCUCCCCUUGGCAAUUACUGGUGACAUUGUGGGCUGGCAGCACCAGUGUGUGUUCUGGUCUUUUCUCUAUUCUUGGGGAGUAGCACUUAGCCAUUCUGAUCCUGUGAGGCUGUUUCAACAUCUUCUCUGUGUUUUAGUUUGAGUGAUUAUUCGCAUUAGAUUUACACUGCUCCAUCUAGAACUACUGCAGUUGCUCCAAUGGAGAGCUAUUUCAGCACAGCACCUGCUGCUUGGACCUCAGCUCAGAUAUAUGCAUGGCCAAACAAAUCCACAUGUACAUCAGGUCUGAACAGAUUCUGAGGGUGUAUUCAGUUUACCCCCAUGUGGUAUGAGUGGAAACAGACUGGGGAGAGAACGGCGUUUGCCUACUGUUUCCUCCAGUCAUGGGGCUCACGUGGCUCUCAGGGUCUCCCCUAGUCAUGGGGCUCAUGUGGCUCUUGGGGUCUCCCCAAGUCAUGGGGUGCAUGUGGCUCUCAGGGCAGCAAAAGGAAGGGAGGAUUUUGUUCUGUUUAGAUGUGCUUUUCCAUCCCCAUCUUCUGAAAGUCAUAAUCUCCAAAUCUUCCUGAAAUUUAACAAGUCUCCAGAGGUUUCUCUGGCAGCAGGUCUCAGAAAUUUCAGAAGCACCGAGAAGGCUUGAAUCUGAAGCUGAAGGAUUCAAGGCAGGAUCAUGGGGACCAGAUCAAGCUUAACAUGAGACUUUGUAACAAGUCUGGAGUUGUCCGAGUGAAGAGGCUGCACAGAAUUUAAGCUGGGUCCCUGUUAACAGGAGUAGGUCAUAUUCCCUCACCAGGAAGAUGUAUAAGCUCCUUUCCAACUCUUAUUAGAUUUUCACAGUUGCACAAAAUCUCCAUUCACUCUGAAACAUGUAUCUGCAACCUUCACCAGCGAGGAGUGCAUGGACCCUUCUAAGGGGUUCUUUUUGCUACAGCACAACUUUCAGACAGUCCUGUGGGUCUUUGGAUUUGUCAGCAUUCCAGCAAACCAGCCCUCUUUAGAAGUUAGCAUAGGAUAGUGUGCUCUGAAGGGUUAGUUGAUCAGUCGUGUCUGACUCUUUGUGAACCCAUGAACUGUAGCCCACCAGGCUCCUCUGUCCAUGGGAUUCUCCAGGCAAGAAUACUGGAGUGGGUAGUGCCAUUCCCUUCUCCAGGGGAUCUUCCCAAACCAGGGAUUGAACCCAGGUCUCCUGCAUUGCAGGCAGAUUCUUUACCGUCUGAGCCACCAGGGAAGCCCCAGCAACAGUUUCCAAUAGGCAAAAUCAUAACCAUUCCAAAAAUAUUAAAUUUUUUCAUACACAUUUGCAGAUGCUCCAAAGACGACAGUUUUUUUAAUUCACUCUCUGUUACAGUCUGUACAAUUGCCAAAUGGUUGUAGUGAUACUUAUUAUCACCUGCAUUUUCUUUAUUCUAUCUCUGUAGAAUAAAUUUAUUGUCUUAGACCCCUAUCCACAAGCAAGUCAGGUAGAGCAUACCUGAAAUUCCAAGGCAUGAGGAUAAAGAAAGAGCCCACCCCUCUCAAUUUGUGGGGAGAGAUGUACUCACCUCUCCGUAGGGAGAAACAGUAGUGUGAAAGAGAAGGUAUUGGUGGCUUUCAAUCCCUGGAGCUUGGCCUUGACGGCUGCCCUGACCCUCGCCCUGUGGUUUUGCCAUAGUCAUCACUCACCACAGAUCCCAAAUGUCCCUGGAUGGCACAGGGAAUCCGAACUUCUCAGAAACUAGGGGCAGAUCAGAUCCACUGUGGUGGUCUCACGUGGAGUUUCUUUUAAAUGCGGUCUAAUGUGUAAUUUCUUUUAAAUGCUUCAAAGACGUGUCCUUAAAAUUUCAGCCUGCUUAUUAACCAGUGAGCCAUUGUGCUUAGAACCAGUGCUGGAAAAAAGUUUUUUAAAAUUGCCAAAAAGUUAAAUGAAAAUGUACUAUAUAAAGCAAAGCUGUAUAUACUAAACAUUUUUUAGCAGAGUACUAUUUAUUUGCAUAGCCUAUUUAUUGUAUUUGUAUUACACUGUUAUUAAAGACUGGGAUGAAGUCAACCGGAAGCAAGGACUCUUGACUGCUUUGACCUUGUCAGCUUGCGUUAACAGUUAGAAGAUAGAAAACCUGCAAUCAGGGCGCCUACCUAACUUCUCAGGGACUACACUUCGUAGUUUUCCACCAUUAGAAGAGCUGGUAAAUAUGAAACACUUGUGGAAUUACCAGAAUUGCCAUUAACAGUAUUUUCUUUCUCAUAUCUCAUGCUUUCUGCUUCUGUACAUAUGACUGUGCUGUGUAUUUAUCAAAGCUAGUAAGCAAUAAUUUAUAUGUAAAAAUGGCCAAGCAAUAUAAGGUGAAAACUUAUAUAAGUUACUGUUACCUUGUAUUUUCAAGUGUUUUUUUAAAAAACUGCUUUUCCAA